CUGAAGUUGGGAUUACUUCACUGACAAGCUUAAACACAAGCUGGACUGUGAGAAAUCAUUGUGAACCAGGCAGAACCGCUCUUUGCUGUUUUACUGAAAUAUUGCUGGAAACUGCUAACAUGGCCUGUCAUGGACUCUUCACCACCUUCAAGUCCGUCCCCACGCUGUGGUUGUUGUGCACGUGGGUGCUGUCUCACCUGUGCACGUGCAACCCAGUUCGCUGCACGUUCCCUCCUCCUCCAUCCACCCAGAGCUACGCCAGCAGCCAGCGAGGGGACGCAAGCGACGCCGCGUCGCUGUACCACGACAUCGCCAGCAUUUCCGGCGAGGUGGCGGCGCCCCCUAGCGGCAGGCGCCCGCAGGUUCCGGAUGGAGGCAGCGUCAACACCAUCUCCACCUGCCCCUGGCACUACGAGCCCCAGGACGACGCCACCCGCUUCCCGCGCCGCAUCCUGCGAGCCAACCUGACGUACUCGGAGGGCUCGUACGGCUACUGCUUGAAAAGGGGCCCCAGUGGGUGGGAGUUGUCGGACCUGAUGUGCAUUCCCAUCAUCCGUCACGUGCACGUGCUUCGCUGCAGCGUCAUCUCCGGUCAGCCUCGUUACGCCAGGGAAUGGCUUCCGGUUCCUAUAGCCUACACCUGCGCUUUCACUGCUUGAUAGAUCUCCUUCAUUCAGUUUUGUUUCUCUUUUUAUUUUCUUCAUAUUUCCUUUUUUUUUUCUGAGGAUGUGGUAGAGGAAUUCAAAGUCGUCAAAUUCUUUAAAGCACAUUUUAGACUGCUGUUUAUUUUUUAUUAUUUGUUUUUUGAAAGGAAUUUUUUUUUAGUUUAAAAGUUGUCGUUAACCCUUUAAACUAUUCCAUAGUGCGCUUGCUGUGAGAAAGAAGAGAGAGAUUUUGCUAAACGUCAAUAUUUAUUUGUCGCCGGAUUUUUUGUCCAUAAGCAGUGUACGAACUCAUCAACCACUGACAUUUUCUUUUUCAAUAAGUGUAUUUUUUCACUGACAUUUGAUUUAUAUUCAUCCACCUCGAUGUCUUAUAUUUAAACAGUUUAUUGUACAUCAAGUGAGAGGUUCGCCUUUAUGAAGGUUUGUGCUCCAACAGGUAGUGAAAUAUCUCAUAAAUUAUUCUCGUUAACUCAAUUAAAUAUAACCCCACUCUAAUUAAUACUAAAAACAAGUUUCCUUUCCUACAGAAUA